GGAACAUCAAAGUGACGCUGAGCACUGACAACGUCGUCCGCAAGACUUAGCCAAAUUUUUGCAAAAGGCUGCGGAAUAGUCUGAAAUUACUUGGUUAAUCAAGACUGCCUUUAGGCAAGCUGGCAUGAAAGACACAUGCAAUGGAUUUGGUCACAAGCCGCCUAUAGUUUUCGAUCCCAUACCAGCCAUGCGACUCUCCCUGUGAGGGGAUUGGCCUCUUGCAUUCGUCCGCCGUCAAAGGUUGUUCAACCUUACCGACCGCAUUCACCCCUGCACAGAUCAUUUUCACUUUCUUGCAAAUAUUUUUCUCCACCGCAAGCACGUCUGCUUCCGCGCUCCUCUCAUGACGAUACCCAAGAGGCUGGUGACUCUGCUUCGCCACCUUCGCCUGCAACAGCUUCCGAAAUAUCCCUUGCCGCAGCCCGUGCUGUCCGAAUGUCUUGCGCGAAUGGUGCUAUUACCGACGCGUCGUUCAUAGUCAACUCUCUGCGCCGUUCCAACCUUCCUCCGCAGCCUUCUACUGAUAAGGGUGGGGGGUUACUCAUACCAAAACUCGACUACGAACCUAUCGACUUUGGUCAACCCGUCUCACCAGCUCUGUCUGCCCAUUGUUUAUUGCACCAUUUCGUACGCCAACGCAUGUCGUUGAGGGCACGUCAACUUGCAGAGCAGCUCAUGCAAGACGGAACUCAUAUCCGUGCUUCCACGCUGCACGCAGUUAUUCAGUGUCAAACGGAACGAGCCAACGAUGGCAAAUUCUUACAGGCUCGAAGACCCUCACAGCGAGACCCAUCGUGUAUCAAACCGAAGCAGGUCGAAGACCAAGGCACGCGCCUUGCUCUUAAGCUUCUUCUCCAUGCACGGCAGCAUCGACAACGCUGUUAUGAGAACACCUACCAGUUCAUCAUCAAUAUUUGUCUCGUUCAGGGCGAAAUUAUCGUUGCGUCGCUGUUGUUCGUACUGCUGAUCAAAGACUGGGAGAUGAAACGAGCAGCCACCCAAGUACGAGAACAGGAGGCAACAUGGACUCAGGCGCUUCCACCUCGGCAUGGAUUUGGAUCACUACACGGCAGCCCUCCUUCAAAACGCAUACUAAAGAUGAUACUCUCCAAGGCGCAGAAAGAAAUCAUGCUUGAUCCAGCAGAGGAGUCUAAUCGGUCACGGCGUGAAGCAGCUCUUCAAGCGCUCUGUAAUAUUGCCAGCCUUCUCGAUGCGCGGUCACUUCCUUACACGGACGUAUCCUCCGUAAUACGCACCCUUUAUUCAGUACCCAAAGAUCCAGACAAAGUAUGGGUUACAGAGUUCGGCAAGAGAGCCCGGGUACAACCUUAUGAGUAUACCCAUCGUGUUAUUCUGCGACUGGCAAGCGACCUCUCAAGUUCAUCCAAAGGCGCCGGCCCAGAACAAUUUGACAUCAUGCCUCCGCUUAAUCUUGAAUCCUACAACGCCCUCCUACACUACGCAUUGCGCCAUCGACAAUCCAUUUCUCUUGCAAAAAGACUACUAUAUCACAUGGAACACAAGCGCAAUCCACCUUUAAGGCCAGACAUCACAACAUACAACGUGAUUAUCAGGUCCGGUUCAUUGUUGAGGCGGAACGACCUCACUGAGUCUGCCCUCGAACGACUACGUGGGCUCACAGAGAACAAUCGACAUGCCAUUAUGGUACAGCCGCCACCAUCACUGGUAGUCGCUCCUAAUCGACCGGAUGUAAACAGAGCAGAGUCCAAGUGGGCUGUCACCCUGAAACAUCAGAAGGCUGGACUACCAGCCUUGGAGAAACCACUUAAGGCCGACGCGUUCACGCUCACGAGCUACAUCCAGCAUAUCACAGCCACAGGGAACCCCGACGUCGUUGCCGACAUCAUUUUCCAUGUUCUCCCCGAGCUAUCCAUCAUUGACCACCCAUCAUGGGGCUCUGUUACGGAUGAGCAACUGGCUCUUGUACGGAUGCAAACCCGCCAGAUGCGUCUCAUGCGCGCUGUCUCCCUCGGACCGUGGUUUUUCAUCGCUGUCCUCAAUGCUCUUAGCAAGGCUGGGAAAACAGGGCUCGCGGAGCGCGUGUGGUUGCUUGCAAAGCAAGCCGAGCGUGCAAGCUUGACGGGUGCCAUUGGAAUUGAUGGCAAUCCUAUGAAGCCGUGGUGCUUGCCCAUCCAAGCGUAUACCAUAAUGCUGCAAUGUUAUGGCGCCGAAGCGCGGCGCGGUCUUGAGCUGCGCUGCACCUCCAGGCCUAGGACAAAUGACUGGGCUCCCAAGAUUGGUGGUAACAUUGUGCGAGGUUGGGCGAGCUAUGUACUUGCUCAAAAUGCGGCUGCUCGCAAACACAGAUCCCGUCGCACUCUUGCGUUACUCAUGGGUGCGACGCUGUAUCGAAUCAUGUGUCAUGCUGGAAUGGCUGUAUGGAAUUGCUGGUCUGAGCUGCAGAAUGUGGACAAAGCUACUCUCAAUCCUCCUCGCCCAGACGCUCGUUUCUUCAAUGCUGCCCUUGAUAUGUUCGGUCGGCAACCUAGGACUUUCCAGCGGUCAAGCCGUACUAACCCUGCGCACUGGCGACGCAAGGUAACCCUUGGAAACGUCCAGUUCUCUAGGUUAGGCGUGAGGCCCAGAAACUGGAAUCCCUUCCUAGGGAGAAUUGUGAAGGAAAUGCAUGCUCUUGGAUUCAAGGUUCCUUCAGGCUUCAGACGCUUUUUUGUCGGACAGUGGCCUUAUGGCUUCGAGGAACAUCGACAUCGGCCAGAGCUUAAUGAGCAGCCAUUUGCAUUCCCAAAGUUGCGUAGGUCUCCUUUCCGACCGCACGCGCUACGGACACUGAAGACGCGUGGUCUACCUGUUCGACGGACGAUAUGGAGGGCUCUUGGUAGGAGGUAUUGGUGGAAGCACAGAUGGAGACGAAAGUUAGAGAGUGGAGGAAAAGUACGAUAAAUGUGUAUAAUAUCUAUCUGCCCAC